AACUAUGUCUGUUAUACCAACUAACUUGGUGUGCAAAGCCUGCAAUUCGCACAGCAUAAGUACAGCAGGGCAUGCACGAAUUUUCAUCUAUAUUCCUAGUUGUAAUACAGUGCAUGCGCCUAAAUGCUUAUAUGCAAUUCGCACUCUGCUAUUAUGUAAGACUAUUAUAGACCAGCUCCAAAAAUUAAAGAGUAAUAUAAAAUUAGAAAUAAGAUCUGUCCUUUUAACGAUGGUUAUAUAA